GGGACGUGGUGCCGAAAACGUCAUAGGCUUCACCGUUUUUAAAUUCUAUUGGCCAAGAGCGCUCUGCUCGGAUUCCAUUGGUUGAAGAAAAGAAGGAGCCUCUCGCGGUAUCUUGGGACAAUUUCAUUGGCUGAGCUGCUGGGGCCGGGUUUGAAAAUUUCAGUUACAACAGCGGCGUCCUGGCGGUGCAUUAAUAUUUUUUAUUUUUUUAAUCGUAAAGAAGAGGAUUCGGGUUUGUUGCCAUGGCCCCCAAGAGGAAAACCAACAAAAGCCGAAUCAACAAAACGAAAAUGGAAAAGAUGGACGCGUUUAUUCGCGACUUUGACAAUGAAGUUAAAAGCAUUGUUGGUAAACUGAAAGAAAAGACCAAGAGCCUGAUGAAAGAUGCAGAUAACCUCUACAACCUGGCUAUUAUCAAACUCUCCACAGCAGAGCGCCAAAUCAACUGGAUUGAAUACUCAGCUCCAGAGAGAAAACCUGUUGAAGAUAUUACAAAGAACCUGGGGAUUGCAGAUGUAGACAACAUAGUAUCAGAAGUGCAGAUGAUAUCACAGAAGCCACAAGCAAAAGGAAGCAAAAUGAAAGAAGGCAAUGGAGCAAAGACUGAGGAUGAAGAAAAUAGGUUGAAUAACCAGUCAUCCACUAGGAAGGGAAGAAAAUCGACAAAAAGGAACCCUACAACUAGCAAAAAGAACAGAGCUCUUUCGAUCAACAAGCAAAAUACUUCAAUAAGAAAGUCUACAAGGAGACCUCUUAAAACUCCAGCCAGAACGAUAGACUCUUCUAUUCUGGGACCUACACCUCUCAUCACUCCUAAGUUUGACUCAAGACUUCCAAAAACCCCCGCUUUGAGAGGCCCAAGGCACAAAGAGAGGGUGUACAGCAUUUCGGUGAAUGGCAGCCCCAUUGGAGCCGGAAGUAGUGAUAUUAUAAUCAGUGUUCCAUCUGGAAAUGGAGAGAGCAUUCAGCUGUUGGCAAGUCAAAUGGAUUCUGUAGAUCUAAGUCAGUUCAAUGAAGAGGCAUUGAAAAGUAUGAGAUUGCUACAGAAUCGUCUUACAGCUGUACUUGAGAAGUAACCUAAAAAGUAACCAUUGCUUAAUUCUUGUAUAUUUUCACCAUCUACCGCUUAUUAAUAUUUUUAUGUAUUCAAUUUCCUUUUAGAAUUUACCUGUGUAACGUCUAGCAUUGUUAAACAUUUUGUAUUUUAGAAAGCUGAACAUAUCAUGAAAAUAUCUAAUGAAACUCUAGUGUACAAAAGUUAUAGACUUUAGAAUUGUAUAAAUCACAUGACUAACAGUAGGUUUGGAAUAUUUUCUGAAUUGUUCAUUGUGUGUCAAGUCUUUGAUGGUUAUUAUACUGUGUGAACCUAAGCUGUGUGAUGGUAAUGUUUCAGCUGUUUUGUUUUUAAGUAGUUUUUAAAUAGCAAAGCUGUUUAACUGCAUUUAUGGGAUAUUAAAUACUGUACAUAUUUUUUCUAGUUCAGUUCUGAAUGUAAACAUCCAGUUAGUUUAUCUAUAAUAAACUCAUUACAGCCUCUUCCAUUUUUAAACUAACUUGUGAUUUUUUUUCAUUUGCACCUGUGAAAGUAAUUUUGAGCCAUUUUCGACAUUUAUAGAUGGAUUGGAAUAACAAGUUAUACUUGAACCCAGUUGGAUUACAGAAUUGAGUCAUAGUGUGAAAUGUUUCAUUAAUAGUAAUGACACACUGACUUUAUAUUUAAUGAAAGUAAAUUUGUGUUUAGAAAGCCUUUUGAUUUCAAAUCACUCUAAUAAAAUCUGAUUAAUGAAGAAUGUAAA